CAGCAUUUGCAGCAACAACACUUGCAGCAACAGCAACAAAAUCAACAUCUCACCCAGCAACAGCAGCAGCAACAACAGCAGCAGCAGCAUCAGUCACAGCAACAUUUGCAACAGCAACAGCAUCAACUAACCGCACAAAUACAAACCAUGAAGGAUCAACCGCAACAACCUAUGGCACCCAUGGCCUUCUAUCCCACCUGGCAGGCCGAUCCCUCACAGGGCUGGCAAAAUCAGUUCAUACAGCAGAUACCACAGAAUACUCCAGCCAUCACAUCGCUCAACUCCUUGGAAUUCCAGACGCAGUCCUAUGCGUAUCCAUCAAAUGGCUAUGUACAGACCGGUCUCGGAUUUGAUCCCAGCUACGGACGCUCCCCCUAUGGCGCGCCCGUGCAACGCUACGACUUCCAGAGUCAACAGCUCUCCAGUGCACCCAUCAAUCAGGUGGGACUACAGAGUGGCAUUGCGGGUUUCGCGCCCAGUGGUGUUAGCUACGCAGGACAAGUGUCGACAGCGCCAGCGCCUCCAGCCGUCGGAUUGCAGCAACAGCAGCAUCUGGGCGUUGCGAGCGACCUUAAUAAGACGAUGUCGGGAAACGACACGCCUGGAUAUCCGCGGGUGAGCAGCGUGCCGCCGCGCUCACUCAAUUGUAACGGGUAUUCAGGCGAUUACAGCGGUGCCAACAGCAACAGCAACAACAACAACAACAGCAACAGACGACGACUGGUGCAGGAGCACGUUAGCAACAACAACAGUAACAACACACAACAGCAACAGCAACAGCAAUCUGUUGCCCAGCCAGCAGCCUCACCCAUGCAGCCGCCCAAUGUGGCACAACAAGCGGUGCCACAGUCCCCCACGCGCACUCUUAUACAACAGCAGCAGCAACAACAACAGCCGCGUCAUGUCUCCCAAUCGCCAGUUAGCCAAGGUCAGGUGCCACCCUCGCCCAAUGGCAAUGGACUGCAGCCCUACGUGCAACAACAACAGCAGCAACAACAGCAGCAGCAGCAGCAGCAGCAGCAUCUGUCCUCGCCACCACAGCCGGCCAUGCAGGACUGGAAUUGGCAGCAGCAACAACAGCAACAGCAGCAGCAACAACAGCAGCAGCUUAGCAGCGAUCCCUACCAGCAACAGGGCGAACGGGUGCACCUAAAUACACGCAUCAAGUCGAUGAUAAUGCGCAAGAGUGAUCCAAAGGAUCCCAUGGCCAGUGCCACAGCACCCGUGCCGGACCUGCAUAUGCAAAGCUCUGUCGUGCCGGGCGGCGCUCCAGCUGGGCAGCAGCAACAGCAACAACAACAGCAGCAGGCCGGUCAUUUUUUAUCGUAUAGCCACCAUCUCCGCACGGACACGGCGCUGAGCGCCAAUGGCUCCAGUGGCGCACAGCAACAGCAGCAGCAACAACAACAACAACAACAGCAGCAACAAAGUCUUGCGCCAGAGCCGAUCGGAGGUGGUGGCGAUCAAAUAUGGAAGCCGCAUCACGCCAACUCGUUUAAGAAGCCCGCCCUCAACAGCGGCUAUCCAGACGCUCAUAAUAUGCAGGCGGGCCAGCACACGACCAUCAAUCACAGUCUACAGCCACCUGUGGAAUCAUUACCAGCGGUGCAACAGCCACCAGCACCACCACCUAUCACAACACAACCGAAAAAGUCACGCAGUCGCAGUAAAGCGAGUCGUGCUGCGGCCGAAGCAGCAGCCGAAAUUGAUCGCAAUUCCACAGAUCCAGGUGGUGGUGGUGGUGGGGGACUUAAGCCUUUAGAUAAACUGGGAUAUGCACCACCCACAGCUGCCACCCACUAUCCACCACCCAGUCAGGACUAUCAUCAGCAAUACAUAAAAACAGAGCCAGGACUAUUGCCACCGCCGCCACCACCGCAGCCCAACAAGAUGGAAGGUUACGAGCGUAACUAUCAAAAUUUCAUACAGUACGCAGACUUCUGCCAGAACGAUACUCAGGCAGCGGCGGCGCAAGCGCAGGCACAGGCGCAAGCACAGGCACAGGCGCAGCAAGCACACCAUGGCCAGCAGGACUAUGCCAGUUAUCAUCAUAAUUCGGCGUAUUAUGGAGCCGGUGCCGGCAGCUUUCAGCAGAACUUCCAACAGAACUUUGUGCCCGGCUAUCAGCAUGCGGCUGCCUAUGGCGGUCAUGGGCAUGGCAUGCAUCAUGCGCCCGGCAAGAGCAGCGCCUCUAAUGGACCGCACAAAAGUGGAAUGCAUCAUGGCAAUAGCUCCAUGUUGGAGCUGGAUCGAAAGCCGGACACGAAUAGCAUCAUACCACUGCCCACUAACUAUGAAAAGGAUAUACCGGCGCAUGCAUACCCCAUACCUCCGCAUCGCUAUGCGUUGGGCCACGGUGCGCCGCCUCCACAUUUGGGUCAUGGACAUGCCGGCAUGCUCGAGCCCAAGCUGGAGGAUAUGGGCAUGAUGUCGCAUAACUUUCCCUACAUCGGCGAUGCCAAGAGCAAUGGCUUCUCGUGUUGUCGACAGGGUGGCACGCGUGCUCCUACAGCCGAGCAUCUGAAGGAUGGCAGCUGUCUUGGCAGCAUACAGCCCAAGGAGGAGAUUCUCGAUGAGGAUGAGCUAGCCGAGGCGCACAAUGGCGCCAAGUCGAAGACGAAGGGCAAAAAGCCGGAGGAAAUACCCGAGAUUAUUGUGAAACAUGAGAAAAUAAAUCCCAUGUUCGAUACCACGGACCGUUUGGAGAAGGGUAACAAGACAGAAAUACCCGAGUGCGAGUGCUUUCAGUCGGACAAAAAUCCACCAGAGCCAGGAACUUAUUACACUCAUCUGGGCACUGCAUCUACGCUUUCUGAGUUGCGGCGCGAGUUCGAGGAACGCUGUCAGCUUAGUGGCCGUCAACUGCGUAUUGAGAAGAUUAUCUACACCGGCAAAGAGGGCAAGACCUCGCAGGGAUGCCCGGUAGCCAAGUGGGUUAUCAGACGUGCCGAUCCUGAGGAGAAAAUUCUAGUGGUUGUAAAGAAGCGACCUGGUCACAGGUGUUUGGCGGCCUACAUUGUUGUUUGCAUGGUGGCUUGGGAUGGUAUGCCACGCCUGGAGGCGGAUAAUGCUUACAAGAAUCUGAUUCCGAAGCUCAAUAAGUUUGGACUGCCCACCACGCGUCGCUGUGCCACCAACGAGAAUCGCACUUGCGCUUGCCAAGGUCUUGAUCCCGAAUCCUCUGGCGCUUCGUAUAGCUUUGGCUGCUCAUGGUCCAUGUACUAUAAUGGCUGCAAGUAUGCGCGCUCGAAGACCGUACGCAAAUUCCGACUCUCCGUUAAGAGCGAGGAGGCGGCCAUUGAGGAUCACAUGAAUCUAAUUGCCACGAUACUGGCGCCCGUCUUCAAACAGGUCUGUCCACGAUCCUACGACAAUCAGACCAAGUACGAGCAAGAGGCAUCCGACUGCCGGCUUGGCUUGGAGGCAGGCAAACCCUUCUCGGGCGUAACCGCCUGUCUCGAUUUUUGCGCGCACUCUCAUCGUGAUCUCCACAAUAUGCAGGAUGGUUGCACUGUCCAUGUGGCACUGCUGAAGCCAUCUAAUCGCGACAGCCGCCUGCCUGACGACGAACAAUUCCAUGUUCUUCCUCUGUACACCAUGGACGGCACGGAUGAGUUUGAGAGCGUCGAGGGGCAACGCGAUAAGCAUCGCACAGGCGCGGUGCAAAUGCUGGACAAAUUUCCCUGCGAAGUACGUGUACGUUCGACCCCUUUGAUACCCUGUCGUCGUCAUGGUAAGAAGCGUAAAGAAGAUGAGGCAGCGCCUCCGGAUGGCGAACAGGACGCGACUGGCGAUGGCAAUGGUAACAAUAAUUCCGCCAACAAUGGCUCUCAGUCAUUAGGCGGCCAGACGCAAAGCAGUCCGCCCGCCAUUAAGAAGGAGAACGUAGCCAAUGGGGCUGGCAACAGCUCUGGAGGCGGUGGCAGCAGCAAAUCAAAGUCAAAGUCCAAAUCCAAUCAGUCCAAUAACUCCAGCGCUUCAACCCCAGGCUCGGCCCCGCCCUCGACUCCCUCGCCACGCUGCCAAACGCCCGUAACCAACAAUCCCAGUCCGGCAGGCAGCGCCUUUAGCACGCCACCCGUAAAUCAGCAUAACACCAGCGGCAACACCAACAAUAACACAAAUCCAGCCGGGGGUGUGGCGAAUGCACCACCCGGUGCGACGCCCAACCAGUUAAUGAGCUCCAACUCCAGCCUGAUGAAUAUGGCUACCAUGAUAGACACGUUUACGGACGCCCAGUUGCAAUCCAAUCAGAUCUCGAGCACGGUGCUGGACUCACCGUACUCCUAUGACUAUCAGACUGGCUCUUAUAUUGAUUCGCGCAACUACUACGGCAACUGGCCCCCACAUGGUCACAUGGGCAUGGGCGCCGCCGCACCUACUGCUCAGGCAACAGGCAGUACGGCUUUAACACCAACCACGCCUACGCCAGGAGCACCGCUCACCCAGCACACUACUACGCCGGCACCAGCAACAGCCACGCCAACCGCUAUAGCCACCGCGGCUACAGCGACCGCGGUGCCACCUGCUGCCACGGCCACGCAACACGAUGCCAACAACGGCUAUACGCCCAGUUAUAACAAUCUGACGGCUACAUCGUUAACGCCAGCGGGCGCAGUGCAGCAACAGCUGGUCGGCGAGCUGAAAAGCCGCGGAGGUAGCGAGGAGAACCCGGACUCCACAACGCUGGUCAAUCAUAACUUAGUCGACAAGGGCUUCGUGAAACCGAAACCACCGCCAAGCGACUAUCAGUACACAACGCAAUAUCCAAACAACUAUCAAAUGUACCCGCCGCCACAUUCCGCCUACUCCGCCUACGAUGCAUACUCAAACAUGAACUACAACUACGGCUAUCAUCAUCAGGCGUAUUCGCCCUACGGCAUGUAUCCUCAGCAGACGCCACCGCCCACGCCACCACCGCCCUCGCCCAACUGGAAUGUGUAUGGCCAUCAUCAGAGUACGGGCACUUAUACGCCCACCGCGCUGCCGCCCAGCGGCGGUGCUGGUGGUACUCUAUUGGCCACACAUACUGCAACCACCGCACCAUUGGCACCACAGCAUAAGCCCACAGCCAUGGCGCCGGCGCCGCAGGCAACAACCUUGCCUACCCAAGCGGCCCCCCUAACCACCCCCCAGACCAUCUUGCCCGAUCUCAGCAGCAACAACAGCAACAGCGCCACCGGCCUGACAGAAGCACCGCUUACGCCCACCGCGCCGUCCAAUGGCAGUGUGGCUGCAGUCAUUGUUGGGGCUGGCGGAACUGGUGGUGCCACGCCAGGAAAUCAGGAUGCACCCGUCAGCAACGAUGCCAAUGGCUCCAACUCGUCCAGCAACAACUCCUCAAGCACAACCACCACAGUGGCGCCUGCCAGCACAAAUUCGAACAAAAUUGAGCCCAUCGGCGAGGUUGCCGAAAUUAAUGAGAACCUCGAGGCGUUUCAGGACCCCCAAAUGGGUGGUGUGGCCAUUGCGCUCAAUCAUGGCAGUGUCCUGAUCGAGUGUGCAAAGCAUGAGAUGCAUGCGACGACGGCGGUUCGUCGUCCGGAUCGUCAUCAUCCGACGCGCAUGACGCUGAUAUUUUAUCAGCAUCGCAACUUGAAUCGGGCGCGUCACGGCAUCGAUGAGUGGGAGGAGAAGAUGCGUGUGAAAAAAAUCAACACGGACCUCGAUAACAAAGCCAAAGAGGAGCGCGAACGUUUGCUCAAGAAAGCAGCCGCAGAUGAUGAUGAGGAUGAUGAUAUGCACGAGGAUUUGGCGACAUCAGCGGCCGCAACAACGGCAGCAACAACCACCCCCAUCAAGAAGGAAAGCAACGGCAAUCAGUUGAAAAAUGGCAGCAGUGGCGCCACAGGGACGGGUGGUGCUGCCUCAGGCAGUAAAAAGAAGAAAAGUGACUCAUCGAAGAGCAAACACAAUAACAAUGCCAACGAGCAGUCAAAAAACGAGAAAGUUGCCCUCCACGCACCAACACUAACAACAACGUCGUGGACAACCCUGUUUCCUAUGCAUCCCUGUGUGGUUACGGGGCCCUAUCAGGAGGGCAAUAGCAGUCCCACAUCGUCCACGACCAAUGGCCAGGCCCAGGCGUCAGGCGCGCAUCCGCAGUCGCAACCGCAGCCGCCAGUUCAGCAAACUUGAGCGAACGUCGCCUGUAUUGGUAAAUCAGCCACAACAACGUAAUUCGUUUUAUUUUUGUCAUUUUUUUGUGAAAUAUGUUGUAAGCAAAAUUUCAUAAUUAAUCCGAAGCCGCAGCUGCGCUUUAAUUUUAAGCCACAACGACUGACAAACACACACACAACAAAUGAAAACAUAUUCUCUCAAAAAUUAUUUUUGUAAACGCGUCUAAUUUCGUGUGCCAUAUGAUGAUGAUGAUUAAAAAGAUGAUGAAGAUUUAUAAAGAUGACGAGGUUUGAUAAAGAUGAUGAUGAUGAUGAUGUUGAAAAUAAAAUCCCCAGUAGCGCUGCCUGCCGCUGCCAGUUGACACCAUUCCAGCAAGAGAGCCAAGUCCUCAGAUAAACUAAGUUCUAAUGUGGUCGGAAACUCGCGAUACCCGAACUUUGAAUAAAGUUAAAAAUCACGAGUUUCUGACCACUUAGACAAAACAAUUACAGCUACACACACACUCAUCUAGUUUAUAUAUGCAGCUAUUUCUUAAAGCAUCUGUUGCACAUUUUAGUUUAAUGUUUUACUCUACAAACAACAACAACAUCCACACUACAUACACACGAGUAUAAUGACAACUAACAAACUACAUCAACUAAUUGAAAAUGAAAGAAACUAAUAGAAAACAUAAUUUAGUUGCUUGAGUUUCGCGCUCGUAGGAAACAACAACAAAACUAAAGAAAAGAAGAGGAUUACGAACGAAAAGUCAAACUGUUAGUGGAAGGAAAGAUCAUUGCCAAAAGUACAAAUAAACCAUUUUUUAACGCAAACUUAAACUAGAAGAAAAGAAAAUGAAUUUCGCUACAAAAAAAAAAAAAAACAAAUAAUAGUUGGUAACAAGUUUUUACUACAAACAAAGGUUAAAAGAAAUGGAAACAAAACAAAAGGUCGUAACCAAAUUAAACUACAAGCAGAUAUAUUUUAAAAGUAAAACUUCAUAGCACCUCCUCACACACCCAUACUCGCGCAGACACACACACACUCACACAAUUUGCAUGCAGCUUGGCGCCGUAAUAUUACAGGCGUUCAGCUUCCAUGUAAAUUGUUAUUGUUCUUUAUGCCUAGUACGCAGUAGAGAAGUUCUUCUAAAAACUUUAAAUCCGCUUUUAAAAUAAACUAGCAAUUCAUUUUAAUGAUUAUACAGUCUAUAGCUCUGUCAUGACUGCUGUAGGGCUUACAUAAAUUUUAUUCCUUUUCAACUGCUGACAGUCAUACUGUAAUGUUAACAACUUGUUUGCUGUUACGCUUACCCUAGUCCGCCAUGUUGUUCUCAUGUUCAACUGCUUACAGUCGUACUGUACAGGAUUACCUGCUGUUAGGAUUACCUUGGUCUGUUAUGUGGUUUACAUGAUGGCUGUUAAAUUUAACAUUUACAACUUUGUUGCGUACAUUUAAGCUGCAGGUUAACCAAUUUUCUGUUUAACACUCCUAUUCUCGUACAAAAGACGAUUUUUUCAGACCCCAACACACUUCUCUGCUGCCUAAAAGGCUUUAAAGCAUAUGCCGCACUCUUGUCUGUCACAAGUGGCCUACAAAAAUGCAGCAUUUGCAGCAUAAAAUACAAAUAUGAAAUAAUCGAGCGAGCAAGCGAAAAGGCAACUAUACAUCAAAAUUAAACAAAAAUUAAUUGGCAUGUGUAUUUUUUGAGAAACAUGCAUCAGGCCACAGAUUUUUUUGAGCAGCAAAUGCGUCGAAGUACUACAUACGAGUAAAAAAAUGCUGUAAUGCAAAACAUACAAGUAGUAAGCAGAAAACAAGCAACAAGACAUCUUUUAAACUUAACACUAAUUUAAUUUAAGUUAAGCCAGUAGACAAGAUACAAGAGCAAAACAACAGCAACAAAACAAUACAAACUAUAAACUAAUUACAUACAUUUGUACAACAAAUUAGUGGUAUAUUUAUUUAUGCGCCGUAACAGAAAAUCAAAGCAAAUUAUUUUUAAAAAUAUGCUGUAAAUGUAAAUGCGAAUUAAUUAAAUAAUGAAGACUCGAAACCAAGCAAGUAUUAAGCAUGCAAAACUAUAAAUUUCAACACACAAACACACACACAUGCACAAGUAUGUAUGUGUUUUAUGCUUAUUAUUAUCAUUUAACUAAAUGAGUUCAUAAGUUCUAAGAAAAACUCAAUUCAUUUAUCCAUCCAUCCAAAAUGAUAAAAAAAACAAAUGGCAGCGCAACUGAAUUUCAAAUCAAAUUAGUCUAAAGGCAAAUACAAUUGAUGAUUAAAACAUGCGAGUAUGUAUUUCAACUCAAAGCAACUAUUUUUUGCACAAACAAACCAACAAA